CUCCAAGUUUAUGACCCUCGCCUCUCAAGAACGACGACGAACGCGUCACGGCAAUUAAAAGUAAUGAAAAAACGAGAGCGGGAGAGAUAAGCUCGCGAUCGGCCGAUGUGGGAUAGAAACGGCAAACUGGCCGACGUUGGCGAUCUUACCGACGUCGUUGUUUCCUCGGAAACUCGUCUCGGAUCUUUCCCGUCGCCGCCGUCGUCGUCGUCGCCUUCACUGCCGUUCUUGAACUUGCGCCUGGACUCACGAUUCGAUCGCACGUGCGGCGAUCAGUCGCGAUUCAUCAACGGAGAGAGAGAGGAGUACAGCGUGACGAAUCCGUACAGAAGGACAUUCUACGCGGAAAGACAGCGAUCACACUGUUCGGUCGAUCGAUUAUUCUCAUCGCGUCGCAGCCGAUGCAAACUUUGCAGCUUCGCGGAAAGAGUCGAGACGACGAUUGAGGCGGCACGAGGAGGAAUGUCAACGUCCUGCAGAGGCGGAUGCAUCUUUCUAACGACGAAUUUCGCAUAUAACUCGUGAAUAGACGAAGAUGAAGCUGCUCGCGAUUCUCGCGCUCUUCUCCUUGCUGACGAUCGCUGUCUCGACCAGGGGAUUCUGCGAUCCGGAGACAGGAGAUGACUUCCAACGCGCGCACGUCGGCCUGAUUAUCUCGCCCAUAAUGUCCACCAAAGUGAUACGAGAGAUCGAGAUCUAUUGGAAUCACGCAAAGUAUCGACCGAGUGACACGAUAGCUCUGUACACGGGCGAGCCGACGAGCGACCUCGAGCCAAUUUACACCCUGGUACCGAACGCGCCGAGCGGUAUCAGGAGGACCGGAUUGCAAGCCACGUUCGUUCCCACGUCGAGUCUCACGUUCGUUCAACAAUGCCUACAAUACCACGUUGCCUGGCUGAGGAAUAGUACGAUAAGAUUGACGAACUGUCUACGGACGCAGCCUCGUUGGAUGGCGGAGAGAAGAGACAUUCUGGGAUCACUGCCAAUGAGUAGGGUGUUUCUGCCAGGCACCCACGAUUCCGCAUCGUACGCGAUACACGAACGAGCGAACUUCGAGAACUUCGUUGAGAGAUACGUCAUAACGCAGGACGUGGACGUACUCGCGCAGCUGAUCUAUGGGAUUCGGUACCUGGACAUCCGGGUCGGCCGCUACCCAAACACCGACGCGGUAUGGUGGGCCAAUCACGGAAUGUUCAAGUCCGUCCCCAUGCGAAACGUCGUGAAUCAGGUGAAGACCUUCCUCGACAACACGGAUGAGAUCGUGAUAUUCGAUGUCCAGGAGUUCCCAGUUGGUUUCGGGAAAGAUCUCGGAGUGCAUCAUGACUUCGUCGCGUUCCUUGAGAAGCAAUUCGCCGGCUAUUACCUGCCGAAGGGCUACGGAUGGACCAGCACGCUGAACACGAUCUGGACGACGGGGAAGAGGCUGAUAAUCGGCUACGACGAGAAACGCGUGGUUAGCCGCUACGAGAGCGUGUGGCCCUGCGUGACGCACCAGUGGGGAAACGUCAGGACCAUCGAGGAUCUGUUCAACUACCUGAAUCGCAUCGAAAUGGAGAGUUACGGGCGUCCUAGAUCGGUACCUAGGUCGGCGAUGGCAGAACUGACGCCCAACACGUGGGAUGUGAUCCUGAAUCGCCUCGGAAGCAUCCGCCAAAUGGCGGACAAGAUCAAUAUUAAUGUUACGAACUGGUACAACAGCAAAUGGCAACAUACCGCCAACAUCGUCGCCGUGGACUUUGUCCGUUCGUCCGGCAUCGUCGAGACCGCGAUCGAGUGGAACGAGAGGCGGAAUACGCUCUGCUGAGAGUUUUCCCGCCCGAGAAUCCGUGGAAACGUAAAAACCAAAACCCGUUGGAUCACAAUCGAGUAGUUCAAAGUGUGUUAAUUAACAAGUUAUACGCAAAUAGUACUUAAUAUAUUAUUAUAUCUCAGUUUUACGAGUUCCGUAUAGUUACAUUGUAUUAAUAUCAAUAAAUUUUAUAUUCUCGGACAA